AUGCUGCAGAUCGGAGAUGAGGUGGUGUAUUUCUCUGCGGUGUUUCUGCUGGUGGUGUUGGGGACGCGGAGCGCCACCGGAGCCUCUCUAAUCACCGCAUUCCUCUAUGUUUUCAUGGUGAUGUUCCGUUUUCCUCCGGUGCCAGCGGACCAGGCCGGCCGCGUCCUCCGGCCCAGCGCUCCAUCGGGCGGCGUCCCGGUGGUGGCGCACCGCGGAGGCAGCCACGACGCUCCGGAGAACACCUUGGCGGCGAUCAGAGAGGCCAGUAGAAACGGAGCAACUGGAGUGGAGCUGGACCUGAGUGUCACAGCCGAUGGAGUGCCCAUACUGAUGCAUGAUGAGACUGUGGACCGCACCACCAACGGGUCUGGACCAGUUAACAAUCUGCAGUUGAUCCAACUUAAGAAACUGGAUGCUGCUGCUCGUCACAGGCUGAAGGACAAGUUCAGUGGAGAGACGGUCCCAACUCUGCAGGAGGCAGUGGAGGAAUGCAUCAGACACCAGCUGACCAUCUUCUUUGAUGUCAAAGGUCAACCUGAUAAGGCUGCAUCAGUGCUCCAUGAGAUGUAUACGAUGUUCCCUGUCCUUUAUAAUUCCAGUGUUGUUUCUUCCUUUGAACCCAAAGUAAUCUACAAGAUGCGUCAGACUGACCCCAAAGUGGUCACGGCUCUCAUCCACCGCCCAUGGAGACUGAGCCGCUUUCGCGAUGGCACUUCACGGUCCAUGUCGACAUCGGGUCAGGUGUGGAUGGGGAUUCUGGACGUCUUGUUGGACUGGGCCCACCAUCACAUACUGUGGAAACUCUGUGGUGUCUCUGCCAUCCUCGUACAGAAAGACUUCAUCUCAAUGGACUACGUUCAGUACUGGGCAGAGCGAGGUGUGGAGGUGGUUGGCUGGAUUGUUAACACUGCUGUGGAAAAGGACUUCUACCAAAACCAGCUGAAGAUUGGUUACAUCACUGACAGUCUGCUGGAAGACUGUGAUCCACAUUACUGAAGGAUCUCGCAGACACACACACACACAGACAGGGUUGAUACAAAUCUCUAGUGUUUUUUUUAUGACGUUUUUAUUUUACAAAUUAGUUGUAAACUCCUUAAUUUGACGUAGUACUACAUAAUCACAUAAUUAAUACAUUUCUCAGUUUAUUGUUCUUUCAAAGUAAAAUACUGAAAUAUAUGUUAAAAAAAAUAGAUCAUAUGUAGUUGAAGUUAAUUAUAAGGUGGAGGGAUGCUAGAUAUUUGGUGCUAAAUAACUUUGUAGGGGCAAUCGAACAAUCAAAGCAUUAUAGAAAUACAUAGUAUUUACUGUAGAGGUAAGAACACAUUAUUACCCGUAUCUGGCAUACAGGUAAUUUCCCUUUAAAUCUACAGAUAAAUUAAACCAUGAAGACCCAGCUGUAUACUUCCUUGUCUUUACCCUACUACCAGCAGCAAUACCUCUAACUCUCCUGGACCAGGGAUUAGCAUUAGGUUACAUUAAAGGUAUUUUCUACCUUCUGUGCUGAUCUUUUAGAGACUGUAAAGAAACAUCAGUGUAAAUAGACCUAUUUUGUAACAUAACAAUGCCUGCUAUCAUAAGAUUGAUUUACUAAUAGACUGUAGAUCUCUUGUUAAUAUUAUGUCAUGAUGAUACUUGAUUGUUUAGUAACUUGCCUUCUAUCAUUACUCAUUAAGUGCCACAACUGAAAAAAUACACAAGAGUUUGAAUUGAAAUAACAUCUGAUUGUAUAUUCCAAAGGAGGGAAAGUAAAAUCACCGCUAUAUCCCUUGUGAGUGUAUGUUUAAUGAGUCUACAUAACUCCAAAAUAUAUACCUCUUUAAUCCUAUCAUAAUGAAUCAUCAGAAAAAAAAACCUCUUUUUUGUGAUCAUGGCUCUUACCUGAAUUUUAAAAACAAAAUAUAAUAAAUACAAUUAAUAAUGACAAAACCGAAAGAAAUGUAGGUCUUGAGUCCAAAUGACUAUCCACCGAAAAAAAAAGGUUUGCCUAGAUACUAUUUUUUCAUUUAACUUUCCAGUCAUGUUUUCUGUUAAUUUUACAUUUCCUCACAUAAUUGUCUAAUGCUGCUUUAAAUAAGUCUCUGCAGAGCUUUAAGGGAGGGAGAAAUGCUUACUCUUAAUUUAAUUUAAUUGUUUUGCCUAAAAACAGUCACAUUUAAAGAUAUUGUCAGUAAAUAAUAUUUAAGGAUAUUGGUCAUUUGUCUCUAACAAUUUAUUUCUCAAAGAUAAUAUCUAUACAUUUAUCUUUUCUUUUACCUGUAGUGUUAAGAAUGUACUGUAUUCUAGUAAGAGAUAAAUCAUUAUGAGUAUACUCUAUAUUAUG